GAUUUGAAUGUGACCAGGUUCUUGUCUGCCGCUCGCCGUUUUGACCCUGACAGGUCUUUUGUUGUGUUCUAGGCUCACACGGCGGCGUGUGGCUAGACCCCGGGUUGAAGUUGAAGACCGCCGGGUCGAUCCGCCUGUCAGAUCUGCUAAAGAUGUCAGCGCACACUGACGGUUCAGGUUCAGAACUCACCCGGCGUCGACCGAAGCGGUCCGUGUUUUUACACUCCGGGGUGAGGAUCUGCCCUCAGGAGGGUUUGGAGGAAAUUCUUGCCAGCCACCAAGCCUACUAUCAACUGCGAGUGUGUCAGGAGGCUGUGUGGGAGGCGUUCAGGAUCUUUUUUGACAGAAUCCCUGGCACCUCCGAGUACCAGAGAUGGGUUCACGCCUGUCAGCAGGAGUCACUCUGCAUCUCUGACCUCGCCAAAAACUUUAGCGCCUCCGAAGAGCACAGCAGCAUGAUUCGAAGUAGGAUGAGCCGUCUCAGAGGCAGAAAGCCCCCGUCACAAGUGGUGGUGACUCCCCCAACAACCCAGAGUCCCCCUGAAACCACAGAUCUGCUGACCCAGCCCAUGGUCCUGACAGCAGCACCCGAAUUCGUCUCCACCCCUUUUUUUAUUCCAAGCUCCGCCCCCAGCCAAACCCAGUCUACUGCGGUGCUCCAAGAGGACACCGAGCUGCCCAACGUGGUCCCCGAGAGUCCGCCGGAACAUAUAGUGGAGUUCAGUAUUGAUCUGGUGGAUCCGGGCUAUAGGGAGCUGCUGGAUGACCCGGACUCGCCUCAGUACAUUGACCUGGCUCAGCAUCUGCAGGACCAGAUGCUGCAUGUGUUCGACAAACUGCCUGGAUUUAAAGCGAUCAGUGUGGUGGGAAUUAGGUAA